CAACACAAGAGCUCGCAUUGGCACCCAUGCCAUGCUACUUUGGAUCUAAAGACUGGACAGUCAGCCAGCCAUGCGCACUACCCAAAGAAUGUGAGCUCUGCUUGGAGCAGUUGGGCCCGGAGUCCGCGUAUCGUAUUCUACCGUGUAAACAUAUCUUCCAUUUACCCUGUAUCGAUUGUUGGCUCUACACGGAAGAUGCGAGCUGCCCUCUUUGCCGUCGUACAUUCUAUGAAUACCGCCGCCCAAGAACUAUCUGUGUUUUACCACCCAGACCACCCAGCCCAUCUGCUGGCGAUGUAUCGCAUAGACGACGCCAUGCGUCGGUCGGGGGAGUGAGGUUGUGGGUCAAAAAAAGAUUCUCUACUCACUCCUAAAAAAUAUGGUCUACUUCUAUGUGCUUGUCCUAGCUUCGCAUUGUACGGUCAAAC